AGUUUCAGUUUUGUUCAAGUGGUUUCAAAACGUGGCAGGGCAAAGUUUCCCCGACAAAUUAAGGUGGGAACAGGGCGAGUCUGGAGUUAGCUUGUCAGUCUGUGAGCUAGUUGGAAGAUGUCAGCAUCCUGGGUUAUUUGUGUUUUGGCUUUGUUUAGUCUCAUGGAAACUGGUGAUUCUGCUGGUAAGUAUGUGCACUGCAUAAUAAUGGGCAAAUAGAAUUUGAAGAAAAUUUAUUUUGAAAAAAAAAAAGAACAGUGUUAAGAUAUAGAAUGACUGGGUGAAAAACUAAUACAUUUUGUUUGAUUUUUAUUUAUUUAUUUUUUUGGUUAUGUUUCUUUAUUGUACCGGGCCCACAAGAAUUGAAAGAAAUAAUGGAAUAAUGUAUCUGAAGGCUUGAAUCAGAGAAAUAGUGGAAUAAGGUAUCUGAAGGCUUGAAGCAGAGAAAUAGUGGAAUAAGGUAUCUGGAGGCUUGAAGCAGAGAAAUAGUGGAAUAAGGUAUCUGGAGGCUUGAAGCAGAGAAAUAGUGGAAUAAGGUAUCUGGAGGCUUGAAGCAGAGAAAUAGUGGAAUAAGGUAUCUGGAGGCUUGAAGCAGAGAAAUAGUGGAAUAAGGUAUCUGGAGGCUUGAAGCAGAGAAAUAGUGGAAUAAGGUGUCUGAAGGCUUGAAGCAGAGAAAUAGUGGAAUAAGGUAUCUGGAGGCUUGAAGCAGAGAAAUAGUGGAAUAAGGUAUCUGAAGGCUUGAAGCAGAGAAAUAGUGGAAUAAGGUAUCUGAAGGCUUGAAGCAGAGAAAUAGUGGAAUAAGGUAUCUGGAGGCUUGAAGCAGAGAAAUAGUGGAAUAAGGUAUCUGGAGGCUUGAAGGAGAAACGCUGGACGAUAAAAGUAAGAACGUUUCGGCUAAGAGCCUUCCAAAGCAGAUAGGACAAAUGAAGAAACCACAAGCAUUGGAAAGUUUUUCAAACACUUAAAUGUUGGACGUUAUUGUUAUUGUCCAACGUUGGCUUUUUUUCCGAAACCUAGAUUUUUCAUUCAUCCUGUCUGCUGAGGAGGGCUUUUAACCGGAUCGUUCUUCUUUUAGCGUCCUGUCUUUCUAUUUCAAGCUUCCAUAUACCUUCUUCUUCUAUUUCCUUCACACAGCUUGCAGGCAGUCGUUCAUUUAUCAAGAAUUAAUGGUCAAGAGAGUCCCCAAAAAAGAUUGCUACUAUAUACGUCUGUUGAGCAGCUUGUUAACAUGUCCAUUGUUUCCUUUUGUCUUUGUUUAUGUUUUCGCCUGCCUUUCGCUAAGUAUUUCCUUAUAUAAUGAUGUAAUUGUAGAGCCUGAUUUUUUUAACUUUCAUCUUAUAAAAUAGAACAACUGUGGAAAAAGUAUUCUUCAUGUUGUUUAAUUGUGUAUUUUAACUUAAGAAGAGGCCUUCCCAUUUAAAAAAAAAAAAAAAAAAAGAUUAAUAAGAAAUUUUUGCUUAAAUGAGGAAAAAAAGUGGAAACCAACGAAUAAUCACACUAUUUUACCGUAAAUUAAUUUUCUAAAAUUAUUUUAAACAUCUACUUAGAUAAAGGUUUUAUUUCUAUUUAUAGACACAGUCCUAACAAUCGAUGCAAGACCCUCUCUCAUACACCCAGUGUUGACCAAGAAACUUCAGCUCAGGUGUUCGGUCAAAAACGAGGGCUGGCUAGCCAAAAAUGUGGGGAAAUUUCCUUUCAAUUCGAAUACGUCAACACAGCCACCAAAAUACGGUAGUGGAAACCACGGCGUCAAUUUUGACGUUUCAGCCUUAGCACCAAAAAUUGCGCACACAUCCACGGCAUCUAAAGGCAGUUUCGUGCGGCUUCUGUCCGUCGUCAUCACUAAGUUCAAUGACGAAACUGAAAUGCGCGAGACGGUCGCGAGUGUCACCGGAUGUGAUGUCCCCAUCACAGAAGAUAAGUUUUUAUCAACAGUUGAAGUGGAGGGCAGCAGCGAAGGAUCCGACAAAGACGGUGAAAUGGGUUAUCUUCUCCUGACUUGGGACAGACCCGUGGACCGACAUGCCGGAAACUUCACCUGUGAGGCCUACGGGCUGAGGUCAGACAAACAUCCGGAGUCGCUGAAAGCGUCACUAGAAAUCGUCGCAGUGGAGCCCAAAAUUUCUGACCUCGUGGAUUACAUUUCUAUUAACGAGAAAGCCAUCACCGCUCUGAAGGAGAAGAUCAUCACCCUGGAUGAAGAGAAUGAUGCACUAAGACAAGACUUAAAUGCCACGUCUGCCAACACAACCAAUUUGGAGAACAGAUUAGGAGGAGUCAAGGGGCAAAAUAUCCAAAAGGGAACGCUUUCCUGUAUGAGCUCAAACGAAAUUCAGUUCCCCAAACCUUUCAAGGUUCCCCCCAUAGUGAUCAUAUCUUUAGCAUACACAAGUGUGUCUGGGACGGUCAGUGGAAAUGUAAACUAUGGUGCCUCCUUCUCUGCUUCAUUCUCUGUAUCUCUGAACAGCGUAAAAAACACGUCAUUCACCUACAGCUGCUCAAACUCUUACUUUUCACCCAGUUUCAAUUGGCUGGCCAUAGAUAAUUAAACCUUGCCAGAGUUUUGAAACCGCAUGUAGCCUGCUACAAAAUGUCUUAAAGACGUCAACGUUUAUUAGCAAUAAAAUUAUCUUACAUUAUAUUCACGUUUCAGGCUCAAACUUUUUUAAAUUAAAAAAAAAAAAAAUAGACAUGCAAGUAUUAAGAUAAUAUACUUAAUUAAUCAUCAAAUAUUAUAAAUAUUAAACAAGUCCAACCACUUAGUGACCCAAACACACAUCUUACAUUUUCCUUUGUUUUUUGUGCACUGAUUGGAAUUUUUCAACUGUAUAGUGUAAUGCUUUUGUUGACUGCACUGCCGUACACAUUUUUUAAUAUAAAUUGUAUAAUCUACAUUAAAAAAAAUUAAACACUCCAAGGGUUUCGCUUGCAAAAACUUUUCAGGUUUUGGCAUCUUGAAAACAAAAAAAAAUGAAGAAUCAUUAUUAAUAAAUGAUUUAUAUUAAAUUCACUUUUGUUAGUGGGUUAACUCACUGGCGAGGUGACAAAAUCUUCGGAUGGCUCAUUGGCCCACUUUCCAUCAAGCUAUCCAGCUGCAACUUGGCACACAGACUCGAUGCCGAUGACAUUUCAAGAGUACAUUUUAUAGAGGAUUUAUAGGGACACAUUUGUUUGUAAUGAGUUGUUUAAUUAGGGAGCACAUUUUUUCCGGGUAAUUUGUGAUAGCGGUUUAUAAACAGGAGCAUUGACCACUAGAAAAACUGUUGGGGACCGAGAAGGACGUACUGAAUUUUGAUGUUGGAUCAAAGUUGAUUGUCGGAAAUAUUUCACUUUUUUUAUGAAGCGGAGACUUGGGGGUUCAUUCAAAGAAUGAAGCUAGAGCUACUUUUAUAAGGAGUAGAAACUUGGGGGUUAAUUUGAAGAAUGAAGCUAGAACUAUUUUUGUAAGAAGUUGAAACUUGGGUUUAUUCGAUGAUUGAAGCUUGAACUACUUUUGUAUGACGCAGAAAAUAAUUUUCAAUGUUUAAGAUUACAACAUCUGAAAAUGAAAGAAGACGUCUGCUCGCUCAGUGAGAACAUUAUAACUCGGCAGAACGUCAACGUUUUGAAAUAACUAUUCUGAGCUUUGUGUGCAGCUUUCUAUUUCUGAUCAUUACCUCGUCUGUUUUCUACUUGGCUGUUAACCUUACACUUUUGAUUUUAACCAUGAUUAUCUUAAGCUAAUCAAAAUGUUUUUUUUCUUCAUAUACUGAACAUGAACACGUACAAUGUAAUAAGAAACCUGCAUUUAUUUCAAUUAAUAAAAUCUUUUCUUUUCUUAUG